AUGUGCCACUUUCAGGUCUCCUUCACACUGCUGGUGUGUUGAAUUUUUUGACAUAGGGUGCUGGCAGAUUACGGGCCUCCCAUAGCUGCUGCCAGGCCCCUAAUCUGCCAUGGGCCCCUAUAUACCGCCUCCUCAUGCUGCUGCCAAGUCCAGAGUCUCUCAUGGGUCCCUGUACGGCCUCCCAUUGCUGCUGUCUCCAUCGCCACACUCUGCCAUGUGCCACUUUCAGGUCUCCUCACACUCCUGCUGGUUUCCAUUUUGUCAUAGGUUGCUGUAUGGCCUCCCAUUGCUGCUGCCUCCACCGCCACACUGUGGCUCCAAACACUGGUUUUGGCCCCGUGACUGGCCAAAUGAGUGAAGUGUGCGGUGAUUCUAAGAUCGACGGCACUCAUCUGCAUGUCAUACUG